UGUAAAGGCAUUUCCGUGACUCAGCCUCACAGGCGGCUCAAAACGACGUCUUCCUCUGUACUUUUCUUUUUAUUUUCCUUUUGAUUUUUGUUAUGCUUUUCGAUCCGCCGCUAUCUUCAGCAAUUAAAGUUGGACGCAGAAACUCAGAAGGAAAAGACGAUAAAUAUUCAUAAUUUCUCUCUCUCUCUUCUCUGUUCCACCGUUCUUCCUUGCUUACAUACAAUCUCUCUCUCUCUCUCUUUCUUCUUCAGACGAAACCUCCUUUGCUUCUUCUUUAAGUUCUUAUCUCUUUCAAAUUCUUCACCUGCUUACAUCUCAAGCUGAAACCAAAAUUUCCCGGGAAAGUGAUACAACGGGAACAUGAGAGGAGAGACAAAAGCUUAAAUUUGUGUAAAUCCAGAGAAUCCGAAAAUCCAUAGCACGUUGAAGAUGCUGUUUGCCCAAAUUUGUUCUUCUUGAACGUCAUUGUAACAGAGCACCUAUAGUUAAAGGAUAGACAAGGAAAAAAAUUCGUCGCAUUUUUUUUUUGGAUUUGAUUCAUGGAUUCAAAUACUCACAAUCAUCUCUACGACCCGAAUCACAUAUCUUCUUCCGGGUCGGGUCUUCUUCGUUUCCGAUCAGCGCCGAGCUCGGUUCUCGCCGCUUUCGUUGACGACGAGAAGAGUGGGUUCGACUCCGAUAGGUUGCUUUCCAGAUUCGUGAGCUCUAAUGGCGGAAACGACCAUCUGGGUUCGCCGAAUCCGAGUGAAUUCGAGGAAAAGUCUCCCGUUUCGUUGACGAACGCCUCUGUAUCAUACGCCGCCACUCUUCCGCCGCCGCCGCAGCAGCCUGAGCCGUCGAGCUUUCUUGGUUUGCCGCCGCAUUACCCGAGACAGAGUAAGGGGAUGAUGAAUACUAUUGGUUUGGAUCAGUAUCUGAGUAUGAAUAAUCACCACUCGAAACCAGUUGAAUCUAAUCUUCUCCGGCAAAGCAGCUCGCCGGCCGGAAUGUUCACUAACCUCUCAGAUCAAAACGGUUAUGGCUUGAUGAAUUACGGUGGUGAGGAAGAAGAUGAAGAGAGUCCACCUAAUCCCAACGGUUUAAGACGCCAUUGCAGCCUCUCUUCAAGGCCACCACCUUCUUCUUCUAUGGGAAUGCUCUCUCAGAUACCGGAAAUCGUCUCUGAAAGCAUCGCCACUAAUUUUCAAUAUAGCCAUUGGAGCGAUCCGUCAAGCUUCAUUGAUAACUUAUCCUCCCUUAAAAGAGAAACAGAGGACGACGGAAAGUCGUUUCACGGAGCUCAGAACGGAGAGUCUGGAAAUGGAAUGCAGUUACUGUCGCACCACUUGAGUUUACCCAAGUCAUCAUCUACAGCCUCUGACAUGGCUUCACUGGAUAAGUACAUGCAGUUACAAGAUUCUGUUCCGUGUAAAAUUAGAGCUAAACGUGGUUGUGCCACACAUCCUCGAAGCAUUGCUGAACGGGUAAGAAGAACACGAAUAAGCGAACGAAUGAGGAAAUUGCAAGAUCUUGUUCCUAACAUGGACAAGCAAACAAACACUUCGGAUAUGUUGGAUUUAGCCGUGGAUUACAUCAAAGAUUUACAAAGACAGUAUAAGGUUUUAAGCAAGAACAGAGCUAACUGCAAGUGUAUGAACAAGGAGAAGAAGUCAAUAUAGGGCGCAUAACAAAGAGUAUACAUAGGACUAAAAGAAAGCAGAGACAAGGACAAGAACGAAUCAAUUGUCUGCAUAUUUUUUUAGCUGAAACGGUCAAAGAAAAGGAAAAAACAUAUGCUUCCAACAAAUCCUAAGCAAUAAAAUAAGGCUUAAAUCUAUCUUUUUUUCUUAUGUUUCACACCAAAGUCAACAUGACAUAUGGAGUUUGAUCUAAACACUAAACAUGAUUAAAAGCCAAGUUUCACCUGCGGUUUUGCUCCCAACUCAAGUAGAAAGAACAAUAUGCGAAGCCAACAACCUAUGUACUUUGUUGAUAAGAACGACAUAAGAAGCUAUUUGUGUGUACUUUUGAUGGAACUGAGCAC